ACUCGUGUCUGAUCUCUCUCUUCCUUCGUUGGCUCCCACACAGUGAAGACGGAAAGAUGUCACUCGCCGACCCUAUUUCAUUUUUGAAAGAUUUUGCGGCAGGUGGUGUGGCUGCGGCAAUUUCUAAAACUACUGUAGCUCCUAUUGAAAGAGUUAAGCUUCUUUUACAAGUGCAACAUGCAUCCAAACAAAUUACAGCGGAUAAACAGUACAAAGGCAUGGUUGACUGUUUCAUCCGUAUUCCCAAGGAACAAGGAUUCCUCAGCUACUGGAGAGGAAAUCUAGCCAAUGUUAUUAGGUAUUUUCCCACUCAAGCCUUGAACUUUGCAUUUAAGGACAAAUAUAAGCAAAUUUUCCUUGGAGGUGUUGAUAAGAAGACACAGUUUUGGAGGUACUUUGUCGGGAAUCUCGCAUCAGGUGGAGCAGCCGGUGCGACGUCUCUGUGCUUUGUCUACCCACUGGAUUUCGCUCGAACAAGGUUGGCAGCCGACAUUGGUAAGGCUGGUGCGGAAAGAGAAUUUACUGGAUUGGGAAACUGUAUAGCGAAAACCUUUAAGUCCGAUGGCCUCGUGGGUCUGUAUAGAGGCUUCGGUGUUUCCGUGCAAGGAAUCAUUAUCUACCGAGCAGCGUACUUCGGUUGCUUCGAUACAGCCAAAGGAAUGUUGCCAGACCCGAAGAACACUCCUUUCAUCAUUUCCUUCUUAAUCGCUCAGGCUGUAACCACAUUUGCGGGUAUUAUGUCAUAUCCAUUUGACACUGUUCGUCGACGUAUGAUGAUGCAGUCUGGACGUGCAAAGGCUGACAUGAUGUACAAGAACACUCUGGACUGUUGGGGCAAGAUCUACAGAACUGAGGGUGGUGGUGCUUUCUUCAAGGGUGCCUUUUCAAAUAUUCUCAGAGGCACUGGUGGUGCUCUCGUCCUUGUGCUUUAUGAUGAAAUCAAGGCACUCCUUUAAAUUGUGUGAAGAGUUUGGUAGUAUUCACUCAAGUUGAACAUUCCAUUGUUCAUUCCAUUGCUCAUGGCAUUCCCAGAAGAGACACUAUAGUAAAUCACUACAGCUAGAAAUGUGAUAUGAAACUAAGGAAACAUUCCAACAGAUGCAUUUGUUAUGUAAUUUUUCAGGCUGACUUGAGUAUUUAAUUGUAAUAUACACAACAGAAUUAAAAUGGAAAAUUAAUUUAUUA